AUGUCGCUGUCUAUGAGCUCCAUGGGGAGGGCGGAGGCCAGAAAGGCAUUGGACGAGGGGGCGUGGUUUAAUUGUGGCGGGUGUUUUGGAGCUGGGCAGUGUCUAAUCUGGCGGGAAGCUGCUCGCUGUAGGAGAUAUUCGGAGACCAUGGAGGGAUUGCCGGAGUUCUACGUCCUGUGCAAUACUCAGGAGCCCCCCGUGAGACUGCAACGACUGCCAUCUGCUUCUCAAGAAUCCUUCCUGCUUUCUGCCCCAGUAUUGCCCUCUAGUUCUUCCCAGCUGUUGCUUUUCAGUGUUGGGGACUGGUCUAGAUUGUCCCAUGAUAGUAAAUUUAAGGUCCAACUGGAAGCAAUCGGAGGCAAAAAGAUCAGCUUGGGAACACUGUCUCGUGAAUCUAGGUGUUUCGUCUGGGAGUGUGGUUCAAGUGAUGAUCUGACCUGUAAGUUGGAUGGCUCUGAGCUGCAUGUCACAAUGCUAAUGCAAGGGCAGAUAAACUUUAAGAACAAUGGACCAAACCAGGAAAGCAAGAAGAGAAAACGAUUGAAGGUUGAAGCGGAGAACAUUUGUCCUAACAAGGGGCUUGAUAAAGGUGAUGCAGCUAAGCAGAAGAAUAAGAACAGUAAAAGUGCUCCAUUGACCAAGCCAACAGGUCUUGUCAAAGCCACCAGUGGCAUUUCAGGUGUCCCAUCAGGACGUUGGGGUCAUGCAUUAUGCCCUGCUGAUUCUGAAACAGUGAUACUGAUAGGGGGACAAGGCACACGUAUGCAGUUCUGUAAGGAUUCCAUGUGGAAGCUGAAUACAGAGACGGACACAUGGUCUCCUGUGGAGGCAGUGGCUGAUGGUUCCACUCCAGAAGCACGCACAGGUCACACUACAGUCUUUGAUCCAGAAAGCCGCCGGAUUUAUGUGUUUGGAGGUUCAAAAAACAAGAAGUGGUUUAAUGAUGUUCAUAUUUUGGAUACAGAAGCCUGGAGAUGGAGGAGUGUUGAGGCCCAGGGGAAAGUUCCUCCUCUCUCCUAUCAUUCUUGUUCUCUGUUUCAAGGAGAAUUAUUUGUAUAUGGCGGCGUAUUCCCUCGUCCAAACCCACAGCCAGAUGGUUGCAGUGAUUCUGUAUACAUCUUUGAUCCUCAACAUGAAAUUUGGUACCAGCCCAUUGUUUUAGGGAAAAAACCAUUGGCUCGCUCAGGGCACACUGCCAGCUUAUUAAACAGAGAGCUCUACAUAUUUGGAGGUUGGGACACACCAGUGUGUUAUAAUGAUCUCUUUCUGCUUGAUCUGGGACUUAUGGAGUUCUCUCCAGUUGAGGUAAAUGGGACCUCGCCCAGCCCUCGUUGCUGGCAUUCAGCUGCCUCUGUGUCUGAAACUUCUUUCCUUAUCCAUGGAGGCUAUGAUGGGAAUCGGGCAUUAAAUGACACCCAUAUGUUCAAUACAGUGACAAAGACUUGGACUGCCUUGGUUCACAAAUCAUUGCCUUGUUUACCCCGUGCAGGGUACACUAUGCUGACCCUGCCUGGUGUGAAAGAGGAAAACAAGGAUUGCACACCUCAGGAAUUGCUAAUGUUUGGAGGAGGAGAUAAUGAGGGGCAUUUCUACUGUGAUACUGUCAGACUGCGGAUAACAGAUAUUGUGGAUCUGUAGAGUCCUACCUUCACUUCUUUUCAUAAAUCUUUUUUUCUUUCUAUUUUGUAUAUAUAACUUGUAUUGUGAUUGUAUAGAAUUUUAAUAAAGACUUGUGAAAAAUUUAUGUUAGACUUGCUUU